AUCCCGAAACAAUUGCCCUACAGCCGAGUUAACAUUGGAACACUCUUAAGUCUUGACUCUUGCAGCAGUUAAGUCUGGUAGGUACUGAGACACAUUCAGAAAGAGAAAGACGGAGGCAGAAAUGGACACUGUCGAGGACUCUACCACCACCGUCGCCGAGAUCGACACCGAUAAAUUGGACGGACUUGGCGAGAGCGGUGACGACGCUGCGAAGGCCGGAGACGAUGAUGGUGGCAGUGGGAAAGCUGGAAGAGACAGAGUAAAAGGGCCUUGGUCUCCUGAAGAAGACGCCAUUUUGAGUAGACUAGUCAGCAAGUUUGGGGCCAGGAAUUGGAGCCUCAUCGCCCGAGGAAUCUCUGGCCGAUCCGGCAAGUCUUGCCGCCUUCGAUGGUGCAAUCAGCUCGACCCGGCUGUUAAGCGCAAGCCCUUUUCUGAUGAGGAGGACAAGAUCAUAGUUGCAGCCCAUGAAAUUCAUGGAAACAAAUGGGCAGCUAUUGCUAGGCUCCUUUCAGGAAGAACAGACAAUGCUAUAAAAAAUCAUUGGAAUUCCACCCUAAGGCGCAGAUGUUUGGAGCGUGAUAAAGUAAAGUUGGAACCUGGCAAUGCUGUAGAAGAUGUUAGCUUUGACAGAACCAAAGCCUCAUCUGAAGAAACCAUGUCAUGUGGUGAUGUCAAUUCAUUCAAGUCCAUGGAAGGAAGAGAUCCCUCCUAUGUGGAGCAUACAGUUGAUCAUAAUGAAGUCAAGUUGCAAGAAGGUUAUCUUAGUCACGAAGUACUAGAACCACCUACACUAUUUCGGCCUGUGCCACGUGUUAGUGCAUUCAGUGUAUAUAAUACAUUAGAUGGACAACAACCACUAUCAUCCAAUCAAAGGCCCAUUCCAAUGCAAGGACCACUGGUUCAACUAGCAAAAUCAGAUGUUCAAAUUUUCAAAUUGCUUGAAGCAGAACAUGGUGGGAACUCAGUGCCUCAUCAAUGUGGCUAUGGUUGUUGCAAGAUGAAAAGUGGUAUUAAUUCGGAAAACUCGUUGUUGGGCCCAGAUUUUGUCGAUUUUUCAGAGCCUCCAGCAAUUUCAAGUUUUGAUCUGGCUGCAAUUGCUACCGACAUCAGCAACCUUGCUUGGCUUAAAAGUGGGUUGGAGAAUAGUAGUGUUAGAGCAAUGGAUGAUGCAGCGGGUAGGAUUAUAUCUAAUGGAUCUCAAACACAAAUGGAGCGCUUUGAAGAGAGUAGAACCAGUGAUCACUUGCUUUUCGAAGAAAGAAGGGGGAACUUGAUGGGCAUGAAAACCAAUGUGCUAUCAACUUAGGACUGGUAAAUAAUUCCUUUACGAGCAAAAAAAGGUUGAAAGUCAUGACUUUAUGAUUGAAUAACCGGAUGUUCGAGGGAGUUGGAAUUUUGAAGAUUCAGGAAGACCUAAAACCUUUUUAUAAGGUAUCGAGAUUCAUACUUAAUUGCCAAGAGUUUAGGAAGGUUUUGACCAAGCCUGAAUAACUAAAUAUUAGUGUUUGGCCUACUUUUUUCAAGAUAAAGAACAUAGGAUUAAUGGUUCCCUGAUGUGUUGUGGUGGUCAGUCUGAUGACUAUGAACAUGUAUAGUUACCAAAAAAAAAAAAAAAAAUCAUAAUCUACAUUUAGUUAGCUUUUCAGUUGUAAGGUCUGGUAUUGAUUCUGUGUUUUAAGUAAUUAUUUUUGCAUGUAUGUAUAAACUUUCUUCAUUCCAUAAGACUUGAAUGUUUUUGUUCAA